AUGAACCUUGAAUCGGUAAAGCAGUAUCUUGAAGGAGAACGAGUUGAGAAUGAUGAUGAAGCCGGCAAGGAAAAGGAAUCAAAAAUCGCGAAUUUGCCACCCAGAUUCAUCGAGCGAUUCGUAACGAAAGGUAUCAAAGUCGAUCUCAUCGAACCUGCUCGAAUCGUCUGCUCCAUGAAAGUCCCUCCUCAUCUCCUGAACGCAGGCAAUUUCUUGCACGGCGGAGCGACGGCGACUCUGGUGGAUUUGAUUGGAUCAGCUGUAAUUUACACAACCGGAAUUUCACACACAGGAGUUUCAGUGGAGAUCAAUGUUUCAUACCUUGAUGCUGCUUUCCUUGACGAGGAGAUAGAGAUUGAAGCAAAGGCUCUGCGUGUUGGUAAAGCUGUUGCAGUUGCGAGUAUUGAAUUGAGGAAGAAGACGAACGGUAAGAUCAUAGCUCAAGGACGCCAUACUAAGUACCUUGCUCCCCGUAGUAAGCUCUGA